AUGGAAAAUGGAUAGAAUUAUCUGAAAAAUCUUAGAGUUAAUAAAAGGAUUAUUUUUUCAACUGUUCCUAACUCAUAUAAACAAGGAGAUAUUAAAAUGGAAAAAGUGGGAAUUUGGUCAUAUGAAUUUAGAGAAGCCUCAGAUAUGCAAUUUUUCAGUUAUGUAAGAUACAAAUUAAAUAUUAGAGGAAAGGUGAGUAAAAUUAAAAUGGAGUAUUCAACUAAAAUGUUUGGAUUUAAUUUCAAAAUUUAUUAUGA